UUCCUUCAGCAAGGUCACGUCCAAGUGUACUUGUAUCCCGUCCAGUGCAGAAUGGAGCAGAUCUUCCUUCAAUUCCAUCAGUACAAGCAAUCAAGAAAGAAAAUCCAGCAUCUAGAAGACGUUCUAAUUGUGUUAAAGAAAUAGAAAAACUUGAAAAGAACCGUAAGGAGAGGAGGAUGAGAGCACAGGAGUUAUUACAGCAAAAACAAACUGAUCCGGAUGCAGAUAAUCCAAACUAUGAUACUUUGAUGAUGAUUAGAGAAUUUCAGGCUGAUUUAGAAUACAGACCUAUAUCAAAUGAUGAUGUAAUCGAAGACCAUCAGAUAACUGUGUGUGUUAGAAAAAGGCCUUUGAACAAAAAAGAGUCUAAUAGAAAAGAGCUGGAUGUAGUCACUGUGCCUAACAAAGACAAUGUCCUCGUCCAUGAACCUAAAACAAAAGUAGAUCUAACCAAAUAUUUAGAUAAUCAGAAUUUUCGAUUUGAUUAUUCAUUUGAUGAGAACUCAACCAAUGAGAUGGUAUACAGGUAUACUGCCAAGCCUUUAGUAGAGACUAUUUUUGACCGUGGUAUGGCUACUUGUUUUGCAUACGGACAAACUGGCAGUGGAAAGACUCAUACAAUGGGUGGUGACUUUGCAGCAAGAGGACAACAGGACUGCUCUAAGGGUAUCUAUGCACUGGCUGCCAGGGAUGUAUUUAAAUUUAUGUCAAGACCAGAGUUCAACAAGGACAUCAUAGUGUGUUGUAGCUUCUUUGAAAUUUACAGUGGCAAGGUUUUUGAUCUGUUGAAUAAAAAAAUCAAAUUACGUGUACUAGAGGAUGGAAAGCAACAAGUCCAAGUUGUUGGUUUACAAGAAGCUCAAGUUCACAAUGUUGAUGAUGUUUUAAGUUUAAUCCAACAUGGUAACGCGGUCAGGACAUCUGGCCAGACAUCAGCGAAUCAACAUUCUUCAAGAUCCCAUGCAGUCUUCCAGAUUAUUUUGAGGAAGAAAAUCUCUAAGAAACUUCAUGGCAAAUUUUCCCUGAUUGAUUUAGCAGGUAAUGAGCGAGGUAAAGACACCCACAGUGCUAACAGACAGACAAGAAUGGAAGGAGCUGAAAUCAAUAAAAGUCUGCUGGCUUUGAAAGAGUGUAUACGGUCACUAGGAAACAAAGGAGCCCAUGUGCCUUUUAGAGCUAGCAAACUAACCCAAGUUUUGAGGGACUCAUUUAUAGGAGAUAAAGCAAAGACUUGUAUGAUUGCCACCAUUUCACCAGGAAUGCAGUCUUGUAGGGUGGGCUUAUACUCUGAGAGGGGCUUAUGCUCUGGGAAGUACAGUAUGUGUUCUCCUGUAAACCACCUCCUAAUAUCAUUACUUUCUGUUGUCAGAGUGAAAGAAUUAGGACCUGGAGAUCCAAUGGCACCAUUACCAGAAAAGAUCCUUAGUCCUGUCUCUAACAAUAUUAAUUCUCCAAUAAGCAGUGAUAUAGCUCUUCUCUGUGAGGCUAAUGAAGAAGAAGUUUCUGCUGAAAUGAUGACACUCCAUGAGGUGAUGAAUCAACUGCAGGAGUUGGAAGAACAAGUCAUAGAUGACCAUAAAAACAGUGUGGAAGAAAACAGACAGAUGAUAGAGGAAGAGUUUCAACUACUUGAAAUGACAGAUGAAGUAGAUUAUGAUAUAGAAGAUUAUGUUACCAGAUUAGAUGAAAUCCUUGCCAGGAAAAUUGAAUUAUUUGGUGAUCUUAGAGCAAAGCUUGGGAAUUACAGACAGCAACUACAAGAGAGGAAAAGGCCAGUAACACAUGUACAGACCUCCUGCAAAUAACUCCUCCAGAAGUGACAUUUAAUGAAUGAAAUUUACAGUAAAUUUAUUUACUCUGUUAUUGCUGACAAAUUCACGCCAUUAACUUGCAGCGAACAAACUUGAGAUCUCUAACUGCACUCUUAUCUCCAGAGGGCAUACCAGUUACAUAGACUGACCAACCCAAAGAUUACAUCAUGCCUGUUGUCCUGUAGAGCCCAAUAACUUUCUGCUUUGUAAGAAGAUGUUUGGUGUACUAGUGUCUACGAGUUUUAUCACAUCACUUGGCCCAUGUGCAGGUGCAGUGUUUUUUAUGCUGAUCAAUAAAAAAAAAAUUGAUCCCAUUUGUGGCCAGCAGUUAUAUAUACUGUUAUGUUGCGUUUACAACGUCACCGAUACUUACCGUAGUUGGAAUCUUAGCUGAUAAUCAUACUUCAUCAACAUUGCAAACAAAUGUGUUUGUUCUUCCAACAAAUGUGUAUAUUGAUGUGUAAAUAUUAUAAUUUUAAAUAAAACCCAGUUUAAUGCCCGGGAACAAUUCCAUACAUUCUGCAAACUGUUGGAGCUUUUGGCCAAAGCCACCUUGCAGCUGGAUUCUUCUUAUUAAAGACUGUUGUAGACAGGGAUUUAUUGAAGCCAAAUGUAUGCAUAUCACUGAUUGUGAAAUUUAGAGCAAUUUGUAGCAUAUGUUGUCUACAUUGUCUAUAUGCAUUGCAUCUUUCCACGUUAUUGGCGCGACUCGCAAUAACAGGCUGUUGUUUAUAUAGCCCAAGAUAUGACAAAGUAUGCAUGUAGUUCUUACUUUCUUCAUUGAAUCAAUGAUUAUGAUACAAUAUUGUAAAUAAGUUAAACCAUUUUUUCCACUUGUUUAUAUUGCUCUUUGUAUUAUCUGUAUACAAAUCACUGAUGUUAGUUGUCUCGGUGUUUUGUGGGCCAAGAUGUGUCUGGUAUGGUAUACAUGUAUGUAGUUACUAUCAUGGCUGUUAAAAUUUUAUACAAACUGAUUCAACCUGUUUCCAGUAACCAAUUCUCCUCUUUCAUAUUGUAUAAUGGAUUAUGUUGUUUUUCGUCUGUCUUUUCAUUUUAUUCUUGUGUCUGAGUGGGUUUUAUGUAUGAUGCAAUUCUUCUGAAGCAGUGCCUUUGUCUUGUCCGCCAAAAACUUAUUUCACAGUCAGUUUAACCUCAUUUUUUUUCUAUAAAAAAAAUGCAAAUAUCACACAAAUGUAGCCAUUAUAAUACAGAUUUCUAGUACAAUUAUUGUGCAUACAUGUAAUGUCAGUUCAUUUCACCACAAGUAUGUACAUUUUAAAUCUAUA